CCCGACGUGCUCUGCGGCGAAGAGGGCCGAACCCGGAAGUUCCGGGUCGAGGUCCGGGUGCCAACGAGUCGUCUCAGGUGUGGACGGAAACGGGGGCCAUGGCAGCUCCGGGACCAGCGCUUUGCCUCUUCGACGUGGACGGGACCCUGACCGCCCCGCGGCAGAAAAUUACCAAAGAAAUGGAUGACUUUCUACAAAAGUUGAGACAGAAGAUCAAAAUCGGAGUGGUAGGCGGGUCAGACUUCGAGAAAGUGCAGGAGCAGCUGGGAACUGAUGUGAUUGAAAAAUAUGAUUAUGUGUUUCCAGAAAAUGGCUUGGUAGCAUACAAAGAUGGGAAACUCUUGUCUAAACAGAGUAUUCAAGGCCACCUCGGGGAGGCGCUGAUCCAGGAUUUAAUCAACUACUGCCUGAGCUACAUCGCGAAAAUUAAACUCCCAAAGAAGAGGGGCACCUUCAUUGAAUUCCGAAAUGGGAUGCUGAACGUGUCCCCUAUUGGAAGGAGCUGCAGCCAGGAGGAACGCAUUGAAUUCUAUGAACUUGACAAAAAAGAAAACAUAAGACAAAAAUUUGUAGCAGAUCUGCGGAAAGAGUUUGCAGGAAAAGGCCUCACGUUUUCCAUAGGGGGCCAGAUCAGCUUUGAUGUCUUUCCUGAUGGAUGGGAUAAGAGGUAUUGCCUGAGACAUGUGGAAAAUGACGGUUUUAAGACCAUCUAUUUCUUUGGAGACAAAACCAUGCCAGGAGGCAACGACCAUGAGAUCUUCACAGACCCGAGAACCGUGGGCUACACCGUGACGGCACCCGAGGACACCCGCAGGGUCUGCGAGGAGCUCUUCUAACACGGGGCAGGGCAUCCUGGCCCAGCCCCGCAGUCCCCCUCUCCGUGACCAGGCCCGCCUCCAGCUGUCAGUCGUGCUCGCUCGGCAGGGGACCUGGCGCCACCUCCACGGCCCAGGAACGCCUGUCGAGGAUGGACCAGAGAACUAGCCCGCAGCAGGCUGCACCCCACCCCAGCCCGAGACCCGCCUAAAGUGCAGAGUCCCACUACACCAUCAUUUAGAACCUGCCGUGGUUCUAGAAUGAUGCAGGAAGACCCUCCCUCCUGAGUCUCAGGAAACCCAACAGGACCCUGUGUAGACCCCAGAAAGGGGGAUUUGGUGAUGAGGAAGAAAGGGUGACCACAGUCUUAACACUUCCUGCAACGGAGUUCCCUCCCGAGGGAGCGUGGGGGUGGGCGAAUGAGCGAAAUGACUGGAUGCACCUUUUCUGUUCCCAACCACUUCCUGUGUGUGAGACCCAGACCUCAGCGCAGCCUGGCUGAGCGAUGGUGGGCCAGCUCUGUUCACUGCACCGCAGCUGUUUUCUGUAGCCAUCAAGACGGGAGGUCGUGGGAACUGAGAGCCCGGGAGGGUUGGCGCUGGCCAUACUGCCCUUUGCCUGGAGGCAGGCCCUGAGCCAAGUGCAAAGGAACUCGCUUCCAGACAUCAGCCUUCGGCCAGACACCCUUCUCCCCGGGCCGGCGAGGCCUCCCAGCGCCAGGACUCAGUGCUACUUUCUCAGGGAUCCGUGCAGCCCGGAUGGUUACAGGAACAGGAGCCGCACUCCUCAGCUGGCCCUCCCAGGCCCUCACCCAGACUGAGGGGUGGGGAAGCUGCAGCCGGGCCUGUGUCCCCCAUGCCCUCUCCAAGUUCUCUGUGAAACAAAGGCCCACAGGCCUUGACCAGAGCGCAGUGGGAGAGCGCUUUCUGAGAAUGGUUCUAGAAACACGGACGCUCUGGGCGCAGUGGUUCACCGCUCCAGCUCCUGGGUCAGGACCAGGCGCCAUUAGCACAGGUAAGCUUGGCCUGAGAUGGGGGCGGUGACAGCAGGAGGCUGCUGUGGUCCCUGCCCCUUCCCCACCCACAGGUUGGUGUCUCUGGGUGAGUCCCAGGGCGUUGCCAUCCAGUGGCCUCAAACCGCGGUGAAUUUUCAGGUGAUACUGUAAUGGCCUUUCAGAAUGAAAAUCAGCACAUUAAAGUACGUUCCUUGUUGAUUCUCA